AUGAGCUCAAACUCUGCUCUCCCUAUAACUCCAGCCACAGAUAUGCCCCUCACAUAAAUAUACACACACACACACACACACACACACACACAUGCACAGACUUCUGCAAUUCUAUCCCAGGCCCUGGCAGCAGAGAACAGUCUGGUCACUUUGCACCUGACAGCAAAGUUCUCCAACCCAGAAGGAAUGAGCUCUGAUAAAGAAAGCCUGCAGAAUAUCUACCUAACCGUGCUUUUCUUUGGAAUUUUGGGGAACCUGUCCCUGCUUUAUCUACAUAGCCUUAAGCUCAUCAAUGUCCACAGGAAAAGACUCAUAAGCCUAAUCAUAAUCAAUUCGUCCUUGGCCCAUGUCUUGAUGAUUCUUUUAAGGGGCAUCCCCCCAAUAAUAGCCAAAUGGGGAUGGAGAUCUUUCCUAGAUGAAACAAUGGGUAAAAUCUUAAAUUAUCUCAUAAGAGUAUCUAAGGGCAUUUCUCUUUAUAACACCUGCCUCCUGAGUGUCUUCCAGGCCAUCAUUAUCAGCCCUAACAGCCUUAAAUGGGCAAAGGUUAAAACUAGAGCCCAAAAGUGUAUUCCUUCCUCCUGCAUUUUGAGUUGGGUUUUCAAUCUUCUUCUUAAUAUUGCUACACCUCUGAAUAUAAGUACUUCAAAAAACAGCAGUAAUGAAAGAUGGAGGAUUGGACAUGUUUCUUUUGACUUGCAAGCCAAGAGUAUUAUAAAAAUUUUAAUUUGUGUGUCAUUUGUGGAUGCUUUGUUUAUGGGUCUCAUGAUCUGUUCAAGUUGCUAUAUGAUGUCUGUCUUGCACAGGCACAACCAGAGAGUCCAACACAUUCAUAGCAGCAACCAUUCCCAUAAAGCUUCUCCUGAGAACAGAGCCACAAGAGCCAUUCUAAUACUGGUGGUCAUCUUUGUCUGUUUUAACUCAGUCAGCUCCCCUUUUGUUAUUUAUGUAGCUUCUGCUGGAGAAACCAGACGCUGGGGGCUACAGUUCACUGUCACACUUUCCAUGUUUUAUCCAAUUGCCAGCCCUUUCGUGCUGAUGGGUAUUGACACCCAGAAACCCAGUUUUUUUGCCACUCUUCUAUGUUUCAAGAACUAUGUUUCAAGAAAUACUCUCUAG